GUGCGCAUUAUUGAUACGAGCAAGCUAGCAUUCUUGCGUUGCUAGUAAAUCAAGAGCUCAAGGCUCACCAGGAAAGCCAUGGGAAGCGCUCCCGUGAACGUCUGCGUGUCUCGACGCGGGCAGCAAGCGGAAGGGCCUGCCGCAGUGCUGGCCAUUGGCACGGCCAAUCCGCCGCACUGCGUGCAUCAGGACGAGUUCCCAGACUACUACUUCCGCAUGUCCAGGAGCGAGCAUCUCACCGACCUCAAGGUCAAGCUCAAGAGAAUAUGUGAGAAAUCAGGAAUAGAGAAACGCUUCUUCCACAUCAACGAGGAAAUACUGGCCGCCCAUCCGGACUUCAACGACCGAGAGAAGCCGUCGCUCCAAGCCCGAAUCGAGAUGACGGUAACGGAAGUCCCCAAGCUCGCCGCGCGCGCCGCCGCCAAGGCCAUCGCGGAGUGGGGCCGCCCAGCCACGGACAUCACGCACGUCGUGUUCAGCACAUACUCCGGCGCGAGGUCCCCGAGCGCGGACCUCCGCCUGGCGUCGCUUCUGGGCCUGCGGCCCUCCGUGUGCCGUACCACGCUGAGCCUCCACGGCUGCUCGGGGGGCGUCCGGGCGCUCCACCUGGCCAAAGACAUCGCCGAGAACAACCACGGCGCGCGGGUCCUCGUGGUCUGCGCCGAGGUUUCCCUCAUCUCCUACAGCGGCCCCACGGACGGCUGCGUGGACUCUGUCCUCGGCCUGGCACUGUUCGGCGACGGCGCCGGCGCCGUCAUCCUGGGCGCCGGCCCCGUCUCCGGCUCGGAGCGGCCGCUGUUCGAGACCGUGUGCGCCGCGCAGACGACCGUGCCGAUGACCGAGGCCGCGAUCACCACGCAGUUCGCGCCAGGCGGCAUGGAGUACCGCAUCGGCAAGCAGGUUCCGGGGAUCGUGGAGCAGACUAUCAGGCAGUGCCUGCUCGACGUCACUGGGCCGCUCGGCAUCGACGUGGUGACAUGGAACGACCUCUUCUGGGCGGUGCACUGUGGAGGCCGCGCCAUCUUGGACAGCGUUGAGGCAGCUCUCGGACUGGGAUCUCAGAAGCUAGCAGCCAGUCGCCAUGUGCUGAGAGAGUACGGCAAUAUGAGUUCCGCAGCCGUCGUCUUUGUGCUCGAGGAGGUUCACCGCCGACUGACGUCCAAGAACGCUGACGGGGAGACUGCCGAGUGGGGGGUCAUGGUAGCGUUCGGACCGGGGGUCACAGUUGAGAUAAUGGUCCUGCGUGCCACGACAAACCUCGAGGAGAAGUAGUGUUUGAUACACGUAGUAGUUUAUCUGCCACACUAUUGCCGCUGUAUAAAAUACUCAUACUAGUGUUUAAUACACAUGGUGUAUAUUGUCUAGACGAUUAUUAAAAUAGGACACAUGUACUGUUGUCUUAUUAUUCAGACUUGGCAUG